AUGACUAUUAUUAGAAGCCUAGAGCAGAGCUCGGAGGGACCAGAGGCAAGGGUCGUCAAGCGCUACCAUACGAGUACCGCACUUCCGGGAGACUAUAAAGGGCUCCUGAAGGAACAUGGCGAAUCGAUGCAGACGCUCUUGUUUCAAGAUGGAGCCGGGAACACUCUAUCCGAGGAGCAGAUGUCCGCAAUUUUACCGAAGAUUGCCGAAUCCAUCAGCAAGCUGGAGAACACCGAAGCGCAAGAGAUUCUUCCCGGAAUAACGCAGAGUAUUACCAAACUGAAAAAUGGCGGAAACUUGGUUAUUACGACAAUGACUCGGCAAAUUGAGGAUCAGGAACAAGAGGAACAUCCGGUUAUACAUGUGGAUGACCUUGAAAACAGCAAGCUAUAUUUGGUGAACGAUUCCAGGGGGGAAUUGUAUUACGUUGAAGACAUCACGGAGGAAAGUGAGCAAAGCUCCCACUAUAGUAGUCAUACCAACAAUAAUGAAUACCAAACCAUCUCGAAAAUCAAGUCAAACGGAAACAGCGGAAUUCGCGAUUCUACAGCUCAGGAAAUCCUUUCGACCAUGUUCGGCGGAAAUGACGUACAGGAAAUGAGAGAAAUAGACGAGGAAUGGAACGAAAGAUCGUACGAUUAUGAGAUUCCAUGCCGGAGAAGUGGUUACAGCAAAGACGCAUUCAAGACCCCUUACAUGGUUGAAGAACCCGGGGGUACUCUCCCAAGGGUCAAGGUAGCAUCGAACGAAAACUACCAGACCUCGCAUCAGACCGCCGCCUCGGGGGCCAUGAUGAACUAUUACGACAGCAGCAUGGUCCAGAAUUACUCUCAAACUCUGCAAGGAAUAUACGGCGGUGACGACACACACAGCGUCACCACCGUGUCUCUGCCGACUGCCGACAAAGGCAGCAGAACUAUUGAACGAUACAUCAUCGAUGGGGAGAUUAUCGAGUACCCGUUGGCUCCCCCGCCGAUCUUCUUACCGCCUCUGCCGAUUUGUAUUCAGACCGGAAGCAACUACUCUCUUGUCAAGGUUGAUGAAACCCCAAAACCGCUAAACCAGCCUCUAAGGGUCCGAACACCGGAAACGCCGAUUUACGAGACAAUGACGACCGUAAAAACUAGUAUCGAACCACUUCCGCCCCCGAGGUCAAAACCUAAACCCAAGCCUAAACUUACACAAACGGAAGUACAAGAAUCUCAUAUCCAAUUCGACGAAGUUCAAGAGGAGAAAUGUAUCCGCUUCGACAAAGUUAUAAAGGAGGAGAAACCUGACGUCGAAGAAAGCCGGUACUCCUACGAUGAAAGUGACGUCGUUAUUCGCGGCAGUUAUACGGAAAACAACGCCGACGGCAACCAGAUGGCACUUGUGCGCCGGAAGGGCCAGAGUCUGAGCGAGUAUCUAUUGAGCAGACUGAAGCACGUGGAAAACGUGGACAUCCAGCAAAAGAUUGCCGUAAAGCACAACUCUGACGAUUUCCAUGGCAACCCAAGGCACCUGAACGCGGACGGACUGGCGUACGAUGGCAACUUCAACACAGUGCACGAAAAAGUUGACCUAUUUAUCAAAGACGGUAAAGCGCAGAUAGUCGUGACGGUGACGGCAGAGCGCGUUUAUCCCGUUGACAUGCAGUUUGACGUGUGGCGACGGAAGCAGGCGGUCGUGACGCGCACCAUCAACGUGGACCUCAUGGCGACGCAACACCGCCGCCAGGUGUACCAGCAGUUGAUGAGGCAAGGUCAGGAAGAGGCUGUACUGGACGGGAAUCAAACCCUGGACUUGUUUACCCGGAUUCUGGGUCCACCGAACUUUGAACCCGUCGAGGGAGGCAGCGUCCAAGCGCUUACAGCUGGCCAUUCGAUGAAUUAUCUCGGAGGAACAAGCGGAUUCGGCCAAAGUGGCUCCACGGAAAAUCAAACCGGAAGUGGAUCAUUUGCGAGUUACGUGACUUCCGGUAAUGCAUCCGAAGGCGGCGGCAACAUGGAUACUCUGCGCGGUAGUGUUGCGUUCAAUUAUCCUGGUCAGCAACAAGAUACGCGGACGGUUAUGGAGAACACCGUUCUAAGCAAUGCCGGAAACAACGGAGGCUACCUAUUCGACGAGGUCCUUCGCUCGCUGACCGGAAACACCGGGUUCUCUGGUUUGGGAAGCGUUGGGGAUAUCAAUGGUAUGAAUCAUCAACAGAAUGCCCGAACGAUGACAGAGAGUACGGUUAUGCGGCAUCAGUCGGGAAAUACCGGGGGCAUCGCGCUCGGAGGCAAAACUGGAGCACUUACCGGAAACGGCGAAUUCGUAAGUUUUGGGAACACCGGGAGCUUUGGUGGUGUCGGUGCAGCAGACGCCAUGAAAACUUCGAGAAGCUCCUUUGGUUGUUCUGGUGGUAGCGGAGGCAGUCACAAAUUCGGCCAGUCAUUUUAUAUUUGAUUCUGCUGUUCUACGUCUUUUUAGAUAGUGUACUAGUUUUCGUAAAUCCAUUAUCAGUUGUAAGCAAAAUAAACGAUCAUAGUUUUUAAUAUAUUCUACAUAUUGGUAUCCAUUACAUGUGCUUGAUAGACUUAAGUAAAUUCCUGUAGUUCUUUUGUCCAUCUCACGAAUACAAAAUAGAGUGUUCCAAGCAUUUUUCACAAUAUGUAUUUCACUAUAUCAUCAGAUACUAGCUACAAAGACUCGGUGCAAGUUGUUAUGUGGAAACAAUUCCUUUUAUUUACAGUUUCAGUUCAUGCAAUAGUCACACUUUUCCGAGACAAUAUAAUAUUCUUUUAUAAAAGUAUAUUGCAUAUCUGACCAUUCCAAAAUGUUGGUAAAAAGAUCUGUCCAUAGUUUUGUAUAUGUCUAUUACAAUCUGGUUAAGAAGUGCAAAAACAACACCUCAAACAGACAAUGCAUUUUGCGGACUCUUAUAACUCUAAUUACUUUACAACCAACGAGAAAUGUCUACUUUAUUAUCGGGUGAAAUAACUUCAUAUGUCGAUAGGUAAAAAAGUAAGGCCCGUAUGUCAGAAUGAUAUUUCGUGGUAAUGUCAGUGUUAAAAUGUAUGCUUAGUUGUAUGCAUGCGCGCGUUCACACGGCGACUGAUCUCUGUCAUACCGUUAUUGCGGGUUUGUAGGUCGCAAAUACAAAACCAUGGAAGAACGACAAAUAGACCCACCAGAACGACACACAGGACAAUUGAUGUCAUAAUUCUUGUAUUGCCGUCCUCUGAGUAAUUGUGGUGGGUCUGUUUAUCAUCUUCUUGUGCUGACGUGUUGGCGACCUUCUUUUUAUGUUCUAUGAACGUUUGCCUAUUGCAUGUAAGUUCACGCUUUAACGUGGUAUGUUUAACCAACAGAGAUUUAAGCAUUCCCUGGGUGUUCCGACAUUCUCUGGUAGUUUUCGUCUGUUUCGUUAUCUAGAGAAUGCAGCCCUAUGUAUUUGAAAAAACAAAUUAAUUGGAUUAGUUAACAGGUUUAUGCGGUGCUUUGUUUUCGAAGAGUAGACUACAUAUAUGCAAAGACCCAUGUGAAAGCUUGUAUCUUCUCAAGUUGAUUUAAUGAAUAAAAAACGUAGUUAAUUACAUGUAUAAACUUAAAACUAUGCUCCUUAGAUGGUAAAGCGGUUUGAUAUAAAUACACUCAUAC